AUUUUUGACAGCUGCUGUGGAAUUGAAGUAUCUGGCUUGUUUUCUUAAAAUCUGGACAUGUCAAACCCACAAAUCGACGAAUUUCUCUUAUUUUAUUUCCCAACAUCAUUUUCAUCCCAAAAGGUACUGUUUGCAUUAUUUGAAAAAGAAGUAACAUUCAAGCCGCUGUAUGUGAGUUUGUUUUCUGGUCAACAUAAUGAGCCGUGGUAUAUGAGGUUGAACCCUGAUGGAAGUCAUAUACCUGUAUUGAAACAUGGUAACAAGGUGAUAGUGGAACCAUCCGCAAUAGUUGACUACAUUAGUAAAUGUACAGAAAAUGCUGGUCAUCAAUUGGUGCCAAGCCUUGAGUCACAGCUGGGGAGAAAUGUGCAAGAAUUUCGAGAGAUGAUAGACAGUGUUCCUGCAGACAUAUUGACAUAUGGAGUGAUAUAUCAUCCCCAACUGUCAAACUCGGGUUGUAAAAUACCCAGUGCAACACAGCUUAGUAUGCAGGAAAAUUUUGCGAAGAGAAUGAGAUUUGUAUUAAUACUGUGUGAAUAUAUUACAUUUACAGAGGGUGCUGAUUAUUUGGAUGAGUUAUGGUUGUUUGGACCGAUGUUUACUGCUGCAGAUAUUAGUCUUUCAGUAUUACUAAAUCGUCUUUAUUUACUUGGACUUGAUGGACGAUAUUUUUCAACGUCAAAAUGCCCUUGUAUUCAUCAGUAUUAUUGGCAGGUGAAAAAGAGACCAGCGUUUCAACGAAUAGAAAAAGAGAUUGCGAAUCUGAAAAUGACAAUGUUGUGGGACAGCGUGAAGACUGCCUCGCCAUAUAUUGCAGGGGCAGUAACUCUUGGUGCUGCUGUAGGGACCGGUUAUUAUAUAUAUAAGAAAUUAGAUAGCUGAGACUUGUUUACAGUAUAUAUAUAUCACAAAUGUAAUAGUUCUAUAUAAAUUUGUUACGCAAUAUGUAGGGUAAUUUUGACUAUUCACAAACCAUACCCUUUAUAGUGUUAAGUGUAGUGUUUGAAACGUUUAACGUUUAGGAUAAAAAUGGAUAAA